CUCCUUCUCUGCCACUAUACGACCCUCUCUGUCUCUCUUUCUCUGCUUCUUCCCAAUUUCUCCUAUCAUUCAGUUCAGAUAAUCCUGCAUUUACGGAGACAUAACAAAGAUGCAGAGAUUUGUCGCCAAAAGGUUGCUUUCGGGAAGAAGCUCUCUCUCAAUCCAUCGCUGCUUCUCUCAGCUUGCUCAGAAUGAGGCUUCCGUCCUUGACAAUGACGCUCUUAUCCCCAAAAUGCCCCCUUUUGAUUACUCUCCUCCGCCGUAUACCGGUCCCUCCAGCGAAGAGAUUAUGACUAAGCGAAAAGAGUUUCUCAGCCCUUCUUUAUUCCACUUCUAUAAAAAACCCUUGAACGUGGUGGAUGGUAAGAUGCAGUACUUAUUCGAUGAGAACGGGCGUAGAUACCUUGAUGCUUUUGGAGGGAUUGCUACGGUGUGCUGCGGUCAUUGCCAUCCAGAUAUAAUCGACUCAAUCGUCAACCAGAUCAAGCGCUUGCAACACUCCACCGUACUCUACCUCAAUCAUGCCAUUGCUGAUUUCGCUGAGGCCUUAGCCUCUAAGAUGCCUGGCAAUCUUAAGGUUGUGUUCUUCACAAAUUCUGGUACAGAAGCAAAUGAGUUGGCCAUGAUGAUUGCAAGAUUAUAUACAGGAUCUCAUGACAUAAUAUCAUUGCGGAAUGCAUACCAUGGCAAUGCAGCCGGGACAAUGGGUGCCACUGCUCAAUCCAUCUGGAAAUUCAAUGUUAUACAGAGUGGAGUUCAUCAUGCCCUGAACCCAGACCCAUAUAGAGGUGUUUUUGGCUCAGAUGGAGAAAAGUAUGCAAAAGAUGUCCAAGAUAUCAUUAACUUUGGGACAAGUGGCCAUGUUGCUGGAUUUAUAUCUGAAGCUAUACAGGGAGUCGGUGGAAUUAUAGAACUGGCCGCAGGUUACUUGCCUGCCGUUUAUAAAAGCAUUAAAAAUGCAGGAGGCCUUUGUAUAGCUGAUGAGGUUCAAGCUGGGUUUGCUCGUACUGGAAGUCAUUUCUGGGGAUUUGAGUCCCAGGGUGUUGUUCCUGACAUAGUGACAAUGGCAAAGGGUAUUGGGAAUGGUAUUCCUCUCGGUGCUGUUGUCACGACUCCUGAGAUUGCUGAAGUAUUGACGCGCCGCAGUUACUUCAACACAUUUGGGGGAAAUCCUGUGUGCACUGCUGCAGGGCUGGCCGUUCUGAAAGUGAUCGAGAAAGAAAAACUUCAGGAAAAUGCAUUUGUUGUGGGGACCUAUCUGAAAAAGAGACUAACCGAACUCAAAGAUAAAUAUGAAAUUAUUGGAGAUGUGAGGGGAAAAGGAUUGAUGCUUGGAGUUGAACUUGUAACUGACCACCAACACAAAACUCCUGCAAAGAAUGAAACUUUGCAUAUAAUGGACCAGAUGAAAGAAAUGGGAGUCUUGGUUGGGAAAGGUGGAUUCUAUGGAAAUGUUUUCAGAAUUACUCCUCCUCUCUGUUUUACCAAAGAAGAUGCAGAUUUCUUUGUCGAUGUGAUGGAUUACACAAUGUCAAAGAUGUGAAGCUUCCAUAAUGUAGAUAAUGAUGUUUUAUUAAUCAUCUGCAAAUCAAUGAAACUUGUUCUGUAUAAUUUCAUGUCAGUUGCGAGUGUAGCUUAUGAAAAUAUCAGUAAUAGGUUUUCUUCCUGAAUGAGUUGUUGCUGCCUUAAUGAAGCGAUGAGUCAACAGCUCGUUGUCUCUUGCUCAAACCUGUCUCUGGGUCAUAAAAUUCUUCAACUUCUGAAACAUUUUUGCUUGUAGACAAUAAAUGUUUGUUCCCUAUGAAUCAAUAAUUUGCAGAUCUUAUGAAUUUAUGUUA